AAAAAAAGCAGAUAAACAACUAACAAUAAGACCAAAUCGGUGUUUAUCAGAAUGACAUCAAUAUUUGAUCAGUUCGAGCAGGCCUCAACAAAGACGAAGUCCAAUAAUUUAUCUAGUGCUGAAAUGAGUACUCUAGGGUUUAUUGAUAUGACAUUGGAGCAGGAGAUUCCCAUAUUCAGUAAAUCAAAAAAGGAUUAUAGGCCUCCUCAUAAAUUUACUCAUGUUGCAAUAUCUAACAAAUAUUUUGUUGGUGCUAUGCAAGAUGGUACUUUAUUAAGGAUGAAUUUACACAAUCCCCAAGAAACAGACAGAAUAACUUUAACAAAGUAUACAGGCACUGGUAAGCUGACAAAUUUGUUUUUGGAUCCAAAUGGGAAUCAUUUACUUAUCACCUUUACCCCAAAGAUACCAAAAGCCCCUGAUGCAACACCUGAGCUGCUUUACUUGUCACGUAAAUCGGCAAAGUUAAAGUCAACAACUAAAUUUAGGGGUCACUUGUUUACAGAAGUGGCAUGGUGUUCUACAAAUGAUUCAGAAACCACCACUGGUCCUAUAUUGUUAGGAACUUCUAAAGGAUUAAUAUUUGAAACAGAAAUUGUGUUAGAAGGUGAGAAGUUUUUCACUUCAGGAUUCUCUUCAAGUUUGGAACAAUAUUGGAGACAACUUCCCAAUUAUUUGCCUUUAUAUGGAAACAAAGAAGUGGAUGGUCUGGUUUUUGAUAUUGGAAAAGGACAGGACAUGCCCAUUACUGGCUUGGAAUAUCACCGAGUUUUUGGUACAGACAGAUACGUGGUAUUCGCCGCCACACCUUCACGGCUUUACUAUUUUGUUGGAAAAGCUGAUACAGAUGAAAAGCCACUCCUGCAGCAGGUCUUCAAUAAAUAUUUAAACAUUGCAGAACCCGAAACUUACAUAGAACAUUUAAGUAAUCUUAGAUACUCUAGGUUACAGUUUUGGUCCGAAAAUCUCGUGACUCCGAAUACUUUUGCUUGGAUUACAGAGAGUGGCAUAACUUAUGGCGAGAUCGAUCCGUCAACUGACGAUAACAUCAAAGACAUUGAAUCCAAAUCAAAGCAUAUUCCGUAUCCCAAACCCAUGUAUGAAGACAAUUCCGACCUUAAAAAAUAUCCUCUAUCAAUAGCUCUUACCCAAUUUCAUAUUUUAUUAGCCUAUACAGACACCAUAAAAGGAUUGUGUCUUCUCAAUCAAGAAGUGGUUUACGAGGAUAAUUAUAAUGAAGCGUUUGGAAUGUUAGUAAACGUUAUAAAAGACGUAAAAACAGGUGAAAUAUGGGCUGUGACCGAAAAUGCCGUGUUUCGUUUCAAAAUAACGCGUGAGGAAAGGAACGUGUGGCGUAUCUUCUGCAAAAAUCAACAAUUUGAAUUAGCAAAGAAAUACUCGCGAAGCAGUGAGGCUUCCUAUAACCUUGUGCUUGUUAAAGAGGCUGAUAUGCUCUUCGAAAACAAACAAUACGAAUUAAGUGCCCAACGUUACGCCGAAACUCAAUCGAGUUUCGAAGAGAUUUGCUUAAAAUUUAUUCAAGUUAACGAGACGGACUCGCUUAAAAUAUUUCUCAGUCACAAACUAGACACUUUAAAGCCUCAAGACAAAACUCAAAUAACAAUGAUUGUUAUUUGGGUAGUGGAGUUGUAUUUGAACAAACUGGAGGAGAAACGUUUGCAGGGUAUGGAGCAAAGUGCCGCCUACGAUACCAUUCAGAAGCAAUUCGAGACCUUUUUGGCAUUGCAGGAGGUGUCGGAUUGUGUUAAGAAAAAUAAAGACACCAUUUAUAAUCUAAUGGCCAGUCAUGGCGACAAAGACAAUCUGAUUAAAUUGACGAUUGUUAACAAAGAUUUCGAGCAGUUGAUUCGUCAUCACAUUUACAAAAAUAACUUCAGAGAAGCGCUGCAAGUUUUGAAGAGUCAGAAUAACUAUGAAUUGUAUUAUCAAUUUGCGCCUAUAUUAAUGCAAGAGGAACCUAAACAUCUGGUGCAAACUUUAAUAUCUAAAGGGAGGAGACUGGAUCCGGUAAGAUUGUUACCUGCUUUAGUAACUUGCAACGGCGAACUGCAUGCCAGAGAAGUUAUAAAUUAUUUGGAACACUGCAUAGAUAAAAUGAAAAAUGCAAACAAGGCGAUACAUAAUUUUUUGCUUUCAUUAUAUGCCAAGUACGAUCCGGAUAAACUGUUACAAUAUUUAGAGGCCCAAGGACAAGAAAUGGCUUUGGUGAAUUAUGAUGUCCAUUUUGCGCUAAGAUUGUGUCACGAAAACAAACUAACUAAAGCUUGUGUGUUUCUAUCCGGAUUACUUGGUUUGUGGGAGUCUGCAGUGGAUUUAGCUCUAACGGUUAGCGUAGAUAAGGCCAUAGAACUCGCAAACAUGUCCCCUGAAAACGAUGUGGAAUUGAAGAAAAAAUUGUGGCUUAAAAUUGCACAAUAUGUUGUUAGCGGUAAAGACGAUAUUCAACAGGCGAUGGAAUUUCUUCGGCAAUGCGACUUGAUUAAAAUCGAAGAUAUCCUUCCAUUCUUUUCAGAUUUUGUAACGAUUGACCAUUUUAAAGAUGCAAUUUGCAAAUCUUUAAAAGAGUACAAUCAAAAGAUAAAGGAUCUGAAGGCAGAAAUGGAGGAUGCGACGAAAUCAGCGGAACAAGUCAGAGACGAAAUUCAGUCAUUUAGGAAUCGAUACACUGUAAUCAGUAGUGCAGAUAAAUGUCAGAUUUGUAAUAAUAUAUUAAUGAUAAGGCCGUUUUAUAUGUUCCCAUGUCAUCAUAAAUUUCACAGUGAUUGUUUGGUAAACGAAUUAACACCGUCUUUGGGUCCAGCGAAAAGAAACAGAUUGGCUGAACUAGAAAGACAGUUCAAACAUUUAAGCACACAAACUAACAUAGAUAAUAUUAGCACUGGAUCAACGGGAAUGUCAGCCAAGGAUUUAGUGAAAUCUGAAAUCGACAACAUUUUAGCUUCUGAAUGUUUAUAUUGUGGAGAAAACAUGAUCAGAAAUAUCGAUAUGCCUUUUAUAGAAGAUAAUGAGUAUGAAGCUGUGAUGAGAGCAUGGGAGUAAAAUAGUUUACGUAUUUAUACUAACCGUAUUUAUUUUAUUGUGAUUUAAAUUUUAUUUUUAUUGUACUUUCAUAGAAUAUAUGUAAUAAUUCUAAAAUAUAUAAUAAGUUCCG